AUGUCGGAUCAAAAAGAAGCAGACGAACUGUCGAUUACAGUAGAAGAACUUAAAGCCUAUCGAACAGCAUUCAAAUACUGUGAUGUUGACGGGAGUGGGACUAUAUCUUUAUUAGAACUAAAACAGGCAAUGCAGUUACAAGGAGCGAGUCCAACCGACGAAGAGAUGGAGAAAAUUAUUGCAGAUUUUGAUGACAACGGAAAUGGGCUUCUGGAAUUUGAUGAAUUUGUCAAGUUGAUGGAAAGUAGGAACAAAACUACAGACGAUUUAGAUGAACUAGCAUUCGCCUUUCGAACGUUUGAUAAAGAUGGUAAUGGAGUACUAGAUUCUCGUGAAUUGAAGAUAGCUUUGACCAGCCUCGGGGAAGUCAUGACGGAAGCGGAAGUGGAGGAUCUAAUAAAGUCAGCGAGCACGACCGGAGGCAGAUAUAUAGAUUUUAAAGAUUUCAUCACUUUGAUCACUGGGAAACCGCUACCCGAGGAAUAUGAGCAGCAGUUACAACAACAACAACAACAACAACCCGAAGCAACAAAGACAAUGGGAGCGAAUCAAACUGUGUGA